CGUGGUGGGCGGGGCGGCGGCAGCGCGCAGGCGCGGUGGGCGCGGCGCGGCCAUGGCGCACGGGCACGGGCAUUGCUGCUGCUGCGGGGAGACGGCGGCGGCGACCGGCGGAGACCCGGAGCGGGGCGCGGCCUGGGGGCUCUACCUGCGCAUCGACCGGCAGCGCCUGCAGUGCCUCAACGAGCGCCGCGAGGGCAGCGGCGCGCUCGUCUUCCGCGCUUGGGAGGAGCGCGGUGACCGCGCACAGUUUGUAGAAAGUGACGAUGACGAGGAGCUUCUGUUUAACAUCCCGUUUACGGGAAACGUCAAAUUAAAAGGAGUGAUUGUGAUGGGGGAAGACGACGAUACGCAUCCAGCGGAGAUGAGGCUGUUCAAGAACAUUCCUCACAUGUCCUUCGAUGACGCAGGCAGGGAACCCGACCAGAUGUUCAGCCUGAACCGGGACCCGCGGGGCGAGCUGGAAUACCCCACCAAGAUUGCCCGUUUCUCCAAUGUUUACCACCUCUCCAUCCACUUUCCGAAGAACUUUGGAGCAGAGACAACGAAGAUUUUUUAUAUAGGCCUGAAAGGAGAGUGGACGGAGGCUCAUCGCCACGAGGUCACCAUCUGCAAUUACGAAGCAUCGGCAAACCCGGCCGAUCACAAGCUGGAGCAAAUCACCCCCCAGACUCACUUCAUCUCCUAACGGCCGGUUGGAAGCUCUGGCGCCAGCGCACAGACGCGAGGGGCUGACUCGGACAGAGACGCCGCCUGAAGCGCUGGGGAGGGCUGGAUCAGCUUUACGUUUGGGUCCUCGCCUCGGACAGCCGGGUGCGCGGUGCCCGUGCAGGGGCGGCCGCUGAGGGCAGCGGGGGGCGGGUCCCGCCGGCGGCAGCGGAGCCGCUCUAAGACGGGACACUCGCUCUUUAGGCAGCGCCGGGCCCGUUUACGUCUCCGCCUGACAAUAAAACACGCGUGAGGCGCA